GAAAAGAGUUCAUUUUCAGUGAUGGCUGCGAUCAGAUACCAAGUCGGUCUGUUACUCUUCACCGUGGUUGCGGUUUGCGUGUUAUACGAUGAAACCGAUAGAUACUAUUUUAAAAAGCCUAAACAGUUUGAUCUACCAGAACAAAAAGACAAGGAUCUGAAUCGUUUAUUGGCGACCACAUCAGACAAGGUUCUCAAGGGAGACGACCCGGCGUGGGGAAAACAUCGGUUAGCAGUGAUUGUUCCUUACAGAGGAGCAUUUGAGGAACUCCUUCUGUUUGUACCUCAUCUGCAUAAGUUUUUGUGUGACAGGCGCAUCAGGCACAAAAUAUUCGUAAUUCAUCAAGUGGAUAAAUUCAGAUUUAACAGAGGUUUCCUUAUUAACGUCGGAUUUCUUUUAUCUCGAGACAAGUUUGAUUAUCUUGCUAUGCACGAUAUUGACCUACUGCCCAUCAACCCAAUGCUUAAUUACUCAUACCCGGAACAGGGUCCGUACCAUCUGUCGUCUCCCGAAUAUCAUCCUGAUUACCAUGGUCGUCGUUUUAUCGGAGGAAUUCUGCUUUUCACCAGAGAAGACUUCACUAAGGUUAAAGGAAUGACCAAUGGUGACUGGGGUUGGGGUGGAGAAGAUAACGAAUUGUUUACAAGAAUAAGAUUAUCGAAACUGAAGUUGACUAGAGCCAGUGGACUUACUACUGGGAGAAACACUUUUAAAAACACACAUGAUGAGUCGAAGCGACCAAGAGAUAAAGAGAGAUUCGAUGCAAUUAAGGGUAAUCAGUUUGAAUUAGACGGCAAGUACGGCUUUCAUAAUGCUGACUACAAGCUGGAAAGAGUCGUAAACAUGAAGAUUGACGAAGCUGAUGUAACAAUAUAUAAUGUCAAGCUACAUUGCAACAUAUUGGAAACACCUUGGUGCCAAACAAACUAUACAGUGAGCGACUUCAAAAAACAGAAGAACAAAAACGCCAUUAAAAACUAAAUACUGUAUCUUUAGAACAUUUUUAUUUUUAAUUUUUUAAAGUUUUCCUUGUAUUAAAACCUAUUUUUCUGACAGUUUUUAACAAAACAUCUUAAAACGACUAUUCUAUCAAAAUAUUUCAAGUUUUAUUUGUUUCUAAAGUCCCUCUUCUGAAAGUUUUAUACAAAACAUCCUUUUCAGAGGUAGAAAAAUGCUGAAAAGUGUCAUCUCAAUUAAAGCGAGACGCCUACGACAUUGUGACGUCACAAGCAUGAACUUGGAAGCUAUUAUUGUAUUAGAAAAAGAAAGUAAUAUAUGCCCAUAUUGCCAGGCACUGUAUAUUUACUGCGCAGUAUACAUCCUGUCCCGAUGGUCUUCUGUAGCGUGCUUACUUAACUUAUUACCGCAAUAUAAGCUUCAUGCCUCUAGCCAACAGCGUGAUUGCUGCCUCUCUUACGCCUGCCUCACACACUAAUUAGUUGUACCGAACUAGUAACCUCUCGUGUGCCUGUUAGUUCGUUUUUUUGAACCCGUGCGCUCUAUGUAUCAAUGUGUUUAUCAAAAUGCGUUUAUAAAAUGUAACAGUGUAAUUUUUCUUAAAUGAAAACAACUCGUUAUACUG